AUGGCUUUUAAGCGCUUUACAAGUCUAGUUGUAAUGUCUGAUAACCAUGUGACAAUUUUAGAUCUCUUUAAAAAAAUAAUAUGUUUAAUUCAGGAAUUGCGGAAAGCCUUGCAGCAGCUACAAGAAGAAAUGCAGAACAAGAGCCAACAGCUUCGUGCCCGGGAGGCUGAAAAAUACAAUGAGAUUCGAACCCAGGAACAAAACAUCCAGCACCUCAACCAUAGUCUGAGUCACAAGGAGCAUUUGCUUCAGGAAUUUCAGGAGUUCCUACAGUAUCGAGAUAACUCAGACAAAACCCUUAAAGCAAAUGAAAUGUUUUUUGAGAAACUUCGCCAGCACAUACAUGAUAAAGCUGUUGCUCUGGAGCACAAGCUGGUCCUCCUGCAGCAACAGUGUGAAGAGAAACAGCAGCUCUUUGAGUCCCUCCAGUCAGAGCUACAAAUCUACGAGGCACUUUAUGGCAAUUCCAAGAAGGGGCUGAAAGGACUCAUUUCAAAGCUACAACCACUAAAGCUCCAUAAUCUCUUCUCUAGGAUUCAGGGGAACAAUUGUCUGCGACUGCAGUUGCAACAGCAGCUGGAUAGUGGUGCUGGCAAAGCCAGCCUCAGCCCCUCCUCCGUUAACCAGAACUUCCCAGCCAGCGUUGACCCUGGAAACAAGCAGCUGCUCCUCCAAGAUUCAGCUGUGUCCCCUCCAGUCUGGGAUGUUGCGAUCAAUUCCCCAGCUCUGGUCUUCCCCAGCUCUGCUUCCUCUACUCCUGGCUCAGAAACGGCCAUAAUCCACAGAACAAAUGGGUUGGGUUUGGAUACUUCUCCAGUAAUGAAGAGCCCUCCCAAGCUGGAGGGUGAUGCUACUGAUGGCUCCUUUGCCAAUAAGCAUGGCCGCCAUGUCAUUGGCCACAUGGAUGACUACAGUGCCCUAAGACAGCAGAUUGUGGAGGGCAAGCUGCUGGCCAAAAAAGUGUCUCUUGUGAGGUCAGCGUGCAGCUUCCCUGGCCUUGAAGCCCAAGGCACAGAGGUGCUGGGCAGCAAAGGCAUUCGUGAGCUUCGGAGCAGCACCAGUGCCCUGCACUACGCCCUAGAGGAGUUGGCUUCCCUCCUCACCGUCUUCUGGAGAGCGGCCCUGCCAAGCACCCACAUCCCUGUGCUGCCUGGCAAAGUGGGAGAAUCAACAGAAAGGGAACUUCUGGAACUGAGAACCAAAGUAUCCAAACAGGAGCGGCUCCUUCAGAGCACAGCUGAGCGCCUGAAGACCGCGAACCAGCAGAAGGAGAGCAUGGAACAGUUCAUCGUCAGCCAGCUAACCAGAACACACGAUGUUUUAAAGAAGGCAAGGACUAACUUAGACGGAAGGAAACUACUGCACCAGUCAGAGGCACCAAGCCUGUCCCCAACCCACCACCAUCCAUUAGCAGAUCUUGUAGGCGACCUUGGCCUGCUUUGGCCUUCCAGGAGAAGAUUUUGGGUCCGCUUGCAAGAUCACAGGUGAAAUCCCUAAGGGCUCUGUCAUGUACUGCAGUCUUGUGACCCUUGCCUUCCAGGCACCAUGCAAGAAGCGCAGCCACCAGAAGUCCUUAAAACAGCAGGAAAGGUGGGCCUGUCCCCGUUUUGUGCAGCUACCUAUCUGCUGAGGAGCAUCUGGGCCUCGUUCCUCCAAGUCCACCAGAGGGUCCAGAAGAGGGAGUCAGAGGUGUAUCCUGGUGGAGCUGGGAGAAAGCCAGAAAGCCUUUCUGAGAGCUAUGGAAUACCGUUAGCCAAGGUCCACCUGGCCCAGCACUAAGCAGAAGAUGCGUAGUUUGCAUAGAAGGUUUCGUGGUACUGCUUCUCAACAGCCCCAGCAGCUUGGGAACUAGCAACAGCACAUUUCUGCCUCAUCAGCUGUCCUGAGAUGGAAAGUUCAGUGGAUAUAGGACCCUGAUUCCGAUGAAUGGGGCAUGUGGUACCAAUGCUGGAGCUCCUCUGGCAGGUUCUAAAAGCACGCUACUGAGCAGCGGUGCCCUGCCGGACACUGCUGGCGGGCACUCAGUGAGCACUACUCACAGAUCCACACCUGACCCUGUUGGGUCGAGUCAGGCUGGGCUUUGGUCUGCACUGUAGCACCUGUGUUCUUUGAGUUCACAUCAUGAAUGUGGUGACUUCCCAGAUACCAUCUCAGGCUUAACCUAGCACAUCCAAUUUCUUUUCUUCUAUGGUAUCCAAAUUGGACUGACCUCACUUCAAAUAUGCUGUCCCAUUUUGUCAGCCUAUCUUACCUCAGGGAAAUUGGGGACUGAUGGCCAGACCAACUCUGUUGAAAUUCUUGCAUAGAGCAAACCUGUGCUCAUUUUUAAGUGGCAUGGGAGAGGCCCCCAGCCAUAGUAAAGCCUAGUCUGUGUCUUCGCAGUGCUGAUAGAAUACGUGUGUGUGUAUAAAUGUAUGACAUAGAUUUAUAUACGUUGCUAUUGCCAUAUAUUGAAGGCCAACAUAACCGGUGGACAGGGUGGGUGACAGAAAAUGAAAAUGUUUUUGGUGAUUAUUAAAGCAAAAUGUGUAU